AUGUCACCUACACACGCACUGCUGCAGCUGCAGCCGGGCUAUGUCAUGCCGGUGCGUGUUUUCAUCAACCGGCGAGAGGUACUGAAUAACGCGGCCUCGUGCUCCCUGUUCGAAGCUCCGAUUCUUUCAAACAGCGCGAUUGUACGCUUGAAGUCGCCGUCCGUGCGCGUACACCUCUCGGAGGACGACAAACAGAGCCUGCUCGCCGAGCUGCGGGACGAUCUACUGUACAUUAUCUAUGAACUGGGGAGUCCGGGCGCGGAAGAGACGCUGCGCAAGUUCAAGAUCGGGGGCCUAGCCGACUUCCGGGACAUCGUGCGUGCGGCAGAGCAGGGUGAUCGCCCGGAGCAGCCGAUCCCAGGGCUGGAUCUGCAUACAAUGACGUUCGAGAGGCUGGACAAGCAGCGUUUUCGGCUUCACUUCGAGCACAACUGGGUCGUCAAUAUCAUCCUGAACGACAUACGCAAGCUAGCCGUCUGGCGCCGUCUGCUGCUCUGCGAUAUCGCGCCAAUUGGUGUACCCGCAGCCGCAGCGCCUGCGCCAAUGCCAGCUGGCGCGCCAUAUGUGCUUUUGCGUGAGCGUCGCGGUCGCGUUUCGCCGCAGGGCAUGCUACAAGAGGAUGCCCCAGAGGGCGUGCCGCGUGAAGGGGACCUGAAUGUGGAACAAAAGCCCGUACUGGACUAUAGGUACAAAAGCGUGACCAACCUGGGGCCUGGGAUAGAGAUACACGUACUGCAGAGGCCGCGGCGCGUCCGUCCACGCUAA